AUGAGUAUUCUUCAGCCAGAGUUAGAAAUACUUGUACUUGAUGAAGUGAUAACAUCUGUCAACACCACCACUGAUAAUCUUAUCCAGAAGAUUAUUCGAACAAAGUUCAAAGCCUGCAUUAUGCUCACCAUUGCACAUCGUAUCCCUACUGCUAUUGACAACAAUCAAGUUCUGGUACUCAGUAAUGGUCGAGUUGCUGAGUUUGACACUCCUUUACUGCUAUUAGAAGACAAGUCAUCCAUGCCGCUAAUGUUUGUAUCUGAGUAUUUAUCGCAGUCGAGCAGCAUACCCAAAUUUUAG